AUGGUCUCUGUGGGCUCGGGGAUGUGUGUCAGAGACAAACAAGAAUACAGAUGGCCGGUUAAGUUUAAACCUCAGAUUCAGCUGGAUGCCAUCUGGGAGCCUUUCCUAAUCCCAUCUGGAUGGAUAACGGGCCUCAGUUGUCCUUCCUGCAUUAUGGGCCAAGUCCUCGACCCGGCACCCUCCAGCUCGAGGGGAGGGCUGGGGUCGCAGCUGGGCCGGGGAGCCCGAGUGGCUGCAGGUGGAGUCCCACUGUCGGUUAGGUCUUCCUGGCCAGGAACAUUCGGAGAGCCAGGGCACAAUGGCCUUAGUCACGGGGCGCAGGCUGAUUCAACCUCCUGGCACCAGGCUCCCACCCUCGGGUGGGCCCAAAAGUCACCUCACGGAAGGACAAGACACCCAUUUCACUUUUAUGGCCCCGAAGAAUUUUCAGGAACCACGGAUGAAGACCAAGGAUAUCGGAGAAGUCAACUUGGGUCGUUUGAACGGCCAAAUACACGUGCAGUCCUUAUCAAUCAUUGUGUCACAGCCGAGUUCAGGGGAGUCCCACGGUUCGCUUUUCGGCGAUGGCCUGGCUCCUGGGACGGGGCACCCCGGGUCACCUGAUGAAAGCUCUGGGGGUUGGGCUGAGCCGUGCUGCCGUGACAAGUAUAUUUCCUUCUCCUCCCUGGCGUUGUCUAAUCCACACCCUGAGGAACCAGCUCUCCUCAGUCCUCAAAUUCCUGGUCAGCUGCUAGCCACCCCUCCCCAGCUGCUCUGACCCAUGGAUGCACUCGGCUGGACCAAGACCCGAUGGCCCUGGCAACAGUGUCUCCUCGGGCUGCUGCUGCAACUGUUUCUGGCUCUGUGCUUCUUCUCUUACCUGCGAGUGUCCCAAGACACGCCCUUGUGGUCCGCCAGGUCGGGGGCCGAUGCGGCAGAAGGUCUCGACGCGGCUCCCAACGGGUCCUCAGGGACGGUGUCCUCCCAGGGGGCGCCCUGCCCGACCCCCCCUGGGUCCUCUGCCCGCCCGCCCCUGGUGCUCCUGCUGUGGACAUGGCCAUUCAACCGCCCCGUGCCUCUGUCCCGCUGCUCGGAGCUGUGGCCGGGCACGGCCGACUGCCGGCUGACUGCGGACCGCAGCGCGUACCCUCAGGCGGACGCGGUGCUGGUGCAUCACCGCGAGGUCAGCUACGACCCGAGGAAGCAGCUCCCCACGUCCCCACGGCCGCCGGGCCAGCGCUGGGUCUGGUACAGCAUGGAAUCGCCCAGCCACUGCGCACAACUGAAGGCCCUGGACGGAUACUUCAACCUCACCAUGUCCUACCGCAGAGACUCGGACAUCUUCACACCCUAUGGCUGGCUGGAGCCGUGGCCCGGCCAGCCGGCCUCCACGGUGGUCAACGUCUCGGCCAAGACGGAGCUGGUGGCCUGGGUGGUGUCCAACUGGAGGGAAGACUCAGCCAGGGUGCGUUACUACCACCUGCUGAAAGCUCACGUCCAAGUGGACGUGUAUGGGCGCUCCCACAAGCCACUGCCAGAGAAGGCCAUGGCCCAGCAGCUGUCCCGGUACAAGUUUUACCUGGCUUUCGAGAACUCCUUGCACCCCGACUACAUCACCGAGAAGCUGUGGCGUAACGCCCUAGAAGCCUGGGCCGUGCCCGUGGUGCUGGGCCCCAGCAGGAGUGACUACGAACAGUUCCUGCCCCCCGACGCCUUCAUCCACGUCCACGACUUCCAGAGCGCCGAGGAACUGGGCCGGUACCUGCAGGCGCUGGACAAGGACCACGCCCGCUACCUGAGCUACUUCCGCUGGAGGGAGACGCUGCGGCCUCGGUCAUUCAGUUGGGCCCUGAUGUUCUGCAAGGCCUGCCGGAGGCUGCAGCAGGACUCCACCUACCAGACUGUGCCCAGCAUAGCUGCCUGGUUCACGUGAGCUGGCCGUGCCGGGGCGGGGGUCGCCCCACACCACACCCCUGGGGACACACCUGCCGGGACGCGGGUGGCCGGGGAGCUCGCUUAGCUGGGGCUUCACCCGCUGGCCACCUCUGCCGCCAGGAGACCGGCCCGGGCCACCUCUCCUGCCAGGGGCCUCCCCCCUCCCCCGGGGGGGGUCUCACCCACUCGCGAGGAGCCUCACCCGCUGGGGACCCCACCCACGAAGGCACUCAGGCCCUGGGGAACCGGCCUGGGGGUCCCACCCGCUGGACGCGGUUCUGCUGGGUUUGCUUGUGGUUGCCCUUGCUGUUGUUAACCGCCUG